CUUCUUUUGAUAAAAUUGCUUCUUUUUUCUCUCUACAUUUUUUAUUUUCGAGCACUUGGCAUUUUCUUCUUCAUUAUCGCACAUAAACAAACACGAACACGAACAUACACAUACACGAACACACAUAAUAUAUCACUUCGACCAAACCAACAAUAAUUAACAUAAUGGGUAUAUUCAAAAGCAGAGGCAACGAUGCAAACAAGCCGGGCAUCGGUAUGGAUAACGGAGCGACAGUCCUUGUGAGCAUCGAGGACCAUGAAAUACUGAGCAACACGAUGGGCACAACAAACAGCUUUUCGGGCGUCAACGGGCGCCGGCGGAGAUCUAUUGGCGAGCUGAAAAAUUCCAUGUAUUCGCUGGAAAGCAGUGACGAGGAGGACAGCCAGCAGCAGAAUACUGCAGCCGGGCGCCAGCGCCGCAACUCAAAUGCCGGAGUCAAUGCGAAGGGCGACGCGGACGGAAACGGGUUCCCAACAAUCGAAGGAUACACAGUGAUGGGCAGGAUCGGAGAAGGCGCGUUCAGCAAGGUAUACCGCGCGCGGCAGAACGCCACGGGCGAGGACGUGGCCAUCAAGGCGAUCUGCAAGACCGGGUUGACGGCAGUGCAGACAGCCAACAUCCAUAAGGAGGUAGCAAUCAUGGACAGCCUGCGGCAUCCGCGCAUCAUCAAGCUGCACGGGUUCUGCGAGUCGCACGACUACUUUUACUUGGUGAUGGAGUACGCCGAGGGUGGCGAGCUGUUUGACCGCGUGCUGCAGCUCACGUACCUCAGUGAGCGGCUGGUGCGCCACGUUAUCAUUCAAGUAGCCGAAGCAGUGCAGUACCUGCACGCUAACGGCAUUGUGCAGCGCGAUCUGAAGCUGGAAAACGUGGUGUUUGAGCCUAUCCCGGUGGUGUCGACAGGCACAAAAGAGAUGAAGAGGCAGGGCGACACGGGCGACAAGGCCGAGGAGGGCCUUUUCGUGCCGGGCGUCGGUGGCGGCGGCAUUGGGCGCGUCAAGCUAAUUGACUUUGGGCUGAGCAAGGUUGUGUGGAACCAGGCCACGCACACGCCGUGUGGCACAACAGGGUACGCGGCGCCCGAGGUCGUGCGCGAUGAGCUGUAUACAAAGUCCGUCGACAUGUGGGGCAUCGGCUGCAUGCUGUACGCAAUGGUGUGCGGCUUCCCACCGUUCUACGACGAGGACGUCAAGGUGCUGACGCGCAAGGUGGCACUGGGCCAGUACGAGUUCCUAUCGCCGUGGUGGGAUGAAGUCAACCCACAGAUCAAGAACCUGAUCCGCAACCUUCUGGAACUGGAUCCCGCGCGCCGCUUCACCAUUCAGGACUUUAUGCGACACCCGUGGGUGGUCGAGGGUCUGGACGAGAUGUACGACAACGCAGCUGUCGCGGCUGCCGCGCGGUCAUCGGUCAACAAGAGGCGCAACCGCAUGACGCAGCUCAAUGGGCUCGGCAGACAGCCUGUGUUGAACCAGGUUAUGCUCAACAACCAGCAGCUGCACCAGGGCCAGUUCUCGCCACGCAACACAAUGAAGCACGCAUACGACCUGGCAUACGCUAUGCGGCGACUCGGCGACGACGAGUCGGCCUUCCAACGUUAUGCCAGCACACCUGUGUGGGAAGAGGCCUUUGGCCAGCACGGCAUCAAGAGCCCCGGCCCACUAAACGCCAAUUUCCCGACUCGUCAAACCAGGCCGCGCGAGCCUCCGACGCCACGCACGCAGAACCUGGCCACAGGCUGGGUCAACAUUCAGGCUGUAGCCACACCUAUACAGCAGCGCCACUGCUGGCAGGGUACCACGCUGGGAAGCCCUGUUGACUUGCACGCCGCUGAGGCUGAUCUCAACCUCAUCUCGCGCGUGCUCGAUAUGCCCAUCAAGAAGCACCGGUCAAAUAAUGGCGUCACGACGCGCGCGGCCAAGCAGGCUGCCCUGUUGGCCGCCGCGGCUGCGACCACAACUUCGGACGGCAGAAACUUGUUCUCACUCAACAUGGGCGAGGCCACGCUGCUCAAGCGCCGCUUCAUCUCUUAGAACUUUAACAUGUGCAAAACUCCAUCUU